CUAGUCUAGCCUAUAGCCCACGCAAUCGAAAUUGGUGGGAGUUUGACCCCCUCUCACUUUUUGUGCCAUCUAAAAACCUUAGGAUUUCAGGGAAUUGUGGAUUAACCUAUACAUUUAACAGAAUGGAAACGUGCAUACGAUUUUCUCACAUUAUGGACACUUUGGCCACUAUAAAGCUGUAAAAGGUUUCUGUACUACUUUACAAAAGUGAUAUCUUCGGUGCUUCAAUGACCAAGCUCGUUGACCACGGUGAGCAAUUCUCCGCGCUUGGUGUCGGGGACGUUGGAAUGCCAAGAUAUCUUGAACCGGGGGGCAAAGACCUUCGGUUAGGGAUCAGCCCUUACGGAGAGACCUCUCACAUAGCAGCCUUCAAUCUCAGCACUGCAUGUCAAGACGUUGCCGCCGCACAGAAGUCCCCGUUUAUUCCCCAAGUCUCUGGAUACGCAGCUGCGCUCGGAAACCACUACGGCGGGCACUUUGGUUCACAUGAAUACAGAGCUAUUGACUCCAUGGAUUUUUCGAUCAGGUAUCGCACUUCAGACAUUGUCGAUAUAGCAACAAGGGAUGCUGAGCACGGAUUUUUCAGCCGCACCUCAACAGAAAGUGUACGAAUGCCCCUGAUGAUCUCUGAAAACCUGGUGCACCCUCUCUUUCCAUCUAUAUACGCAUCCCCAAACGCAUCCCCAAAUGGAUACAUAGCGAACAGCAGGGCGCAUUUGGGUUCACAGGGAGACAUAUACGUGGGAGCAGAUCCGCAUCAACCUGUCUCCAGCCCGCACCCACACGUCAGUGCCAGCCAGCUCCACUUUGAUCACAAUGUGGAGAUGGGUAUGAGAGUGGCAACACAGAAUGGUAACGGUGCUUUCUUUCGAUACAUUCGACAGCCCUCUAAGCAGGACGUCACAUGUAAAUGGGUAGAUGAGAAUCAAACAAAUCAACCCCAAAAAACGUGCGGCAAGAUGUUCUGCUCCAUGAUCGAACUGGUUUCGCACGUCUCCAUGGAUCACGUCGGUGGUCCAGACCAGGGUCUGCACACUUGCUUUUGGGAGGAUUGUCCGAGAGAAGGUCAAUCUUUUAAAGCAAAGUAUAAAUUAGUCAACCACAUUCGUGUACACACUGGAGAAAAGCCAUUCAAUUGUCCGUUUCAUGGUUGUGGGAAAAUAUUUGCCAGGUCGGAAAAUUUGAAAAUACAUAAAAGGACUCAUACAGGUGAAAAGCCUUUUAAAUGCAAUUUCGAAGGCUGUGACAGGCGGUUCGCCAAUAGCAGCGACAGAAAAAAACACAUGCACGUACAUACCUCAGACAAGCCAUACAACUGCAAGGUGUGUGACAAGGCCUACACUCAUCCCAGCUCUCUGAGGAAACACUCGAAGGUUCACGAAUCUCAAAGCUCAGGGACCUCCCCAACCGGAACCUCUGGAUAUGAGUCAUCCACGCCACCAGCUCCGUGUAGACCUAUGUCCUCAACCAUCGAAGACUCGACAAAACCAUCCAUGCUGGUCAAGCAUCAUAAGUCAAUAUUUAAAGAGGAUCUCUCAUCCAAUUGUGUUGAAUGGUACGUUUGAAACGGUAGGAACAGGCCUAUAGCCUAGGUUUGCCAAGUUUUCAAUAAAAGUUCAGAAAACACAGGGUAGGCCUAUGCAUUGCCUUAGUGUUGAGCUGUAAAGGUGCUUUCAUAAAAUGCAGAGCAAAUGCAAUCAUUUUGGAGUGAUGUUUCUUCUAUAGCCUCCCAAAUGUUUGGAAAAGUCUGAUCCUGGGAAAAUACUACACAUUUACUGCUGAUUUACAGAUGACAAUGUGGCCCACUGCACCAAAGCCUUUAAAUUCAUAGAUAGGCCUCCAUAUAACCCUACUGAUGAAAGAAAGAAAGAUACGAAAUGAACAAACAAAAGCAAAAUAUAUAAACCAUAAAGUGCAUAAAAAGAAAGGAAGUAACUUCAAAGAAAAAAAAGAAAACAGAUGGAGGAAAUUAAUUAUAGUAGAAGAACAGUAUUUGCAUGUGUUACUAUAUUUUAGCUCUGUUGUCAUAAUCAGUUUUAAGACAGAAAAACAUGGGCCUGCUGUCAUUGACAUGGAAUGUUGCCUUUUGCAAAGAACAAUAUAAAAUGUAUAGCUUAAUUUCUCUAUAUUAAAAUAUACCGUUUACAAUAUAAUUGAUAUAAUUGUAUUUUAGUUGCAAUUUAUUGUAAUGUUGGUGUAUACAUUUACAGAUAUAAAUGGUUAUAUAUAAAUCAACAUGAUUUAUAUAUUUCUAUCAUGUUCAUAAGAGGCAUGCAACUUUAGUCAACACUUCAAUGAAAAACAUGUUUAUGGACAUUUUAUAAAUUUUUGUUUUGAGUGAUGUUGACUUGUAUACAUUUUGGGGCUUUUAUGUUUUAGAUGUUGGAUUUUGGAGUGGUAGCCUACCUUUUGCUAAAUGAUUGACAAGAUCCAGCAUUUGAUGACAAAGCAAAGUUCACAAUCCAUUAAGGCACCUAAGACAAAAAAUAUUCUGAAAGUGUUCAGUGGAACAUCAAGGAAAAUAUUUUAAACAGGCAAUUUAAAUACAUCUGGUAUAUGUUGUUCAGUUAGCCAAACUAGCAUCAGAUUCAGAUAAAAAGUGAAAUGAAAACUAAAUGCAAAAUAUCAUAGAUCAAGGCAAAAGAGAAAUAAAUAACAGAAAUCUGACCUAUUUUGAAAUU